AUGAAUUCCCAGAAGCGUCAGAAGCAGCGCAAGGUGCUGUUGAUGGGCAAGAGUGGGGCGGGCAAGUCUUCCAUGAGGAGCAUCGUCUUCAGCAACUAUGUCGCGAAAGAUGUGCGCAGACUGGGCGCCACCAUCGAUGUCGAGCACAGCAACAUAAAAUUCAUGGGAAACCUCAUGCUGAAUCUCUGGGAUUGUGGAGGUCAAGACGGCUUCGUCGAGAACUACCUCACGCAAUCACGCAGCCACGUCUUCGGCUCAGUAGCUGUACUGAUCUUCGUCUUUGACAUCGAGUCCCGCGAGUUCCAAGCCGACGUGGUCUCCUACUCGAACAUUAUUCGUGCCCUCCAUGAGUGCAGCCCUACCGCCAAGGUCUUCUGUCUGAUUCACAAGAUGGACCUCGUACAAGCACGUCUUCGCGAGGCCAUGUACCACGAGCGCUCAAACUACAUUCGAGAUGCAAGCGAGGGCUUCAGUGACACAGUCGAGUUUUUCCCCACCAGUAUCUGGGAUCAGAGCCUGUACAAAGCUUGGACAAAGAUCAUCUAUUUCCUCAUCCCGAAUGCUGGCACCAUCGAAGCACUCCUUUCACAGCUAGCGGACAUCAUCGAUGCUAGAGAGCUCGUCCUGUACGAGCGCACGACCUGCCUCACAGUCGCACAUGUAACCCGCGGAGACGGCGACGACAACCCGUUCCACGAUCGCUUCGAGCGCAUCUCGAACAUUCUCAAAACGCACAAGCAGAGCAUGGCCAAGCAUACGAACAUCCCAGCUGGCAGCGCAAACUUCGCGGAGAUGCAGAUCAAGACUGGCAGGUUUAUGUUCUUCAUCACACGACUUACUGAGAACACCAACCUGGCUGUUGCCAUACCACCUUCCGAACAGGUCUUCAACGCUGCGCGUGUCAACAUCUUCCAAGUUCGCCCCAGGUUCGCAGAGCUUGAUAUUGCAUCGAAGCCACGCCCUCCGAUUCAGCAAGCUUUCGCCGGCUCGGCCGAUACAGUCGAUACUAACAAGGGCAAAGAGAGGGCUAUGAGCUAG